AUGUCUGAGGAGUCGAAGCCCCUCAAUCCCGCCGUAGAGGACGUCGAUUCUGGCUCCGACGUCGAAGACCAAACUGCCGAGACCGGCGCUGUCGCAUCCCCAACAGAAGGUUCCGCGGUGCCCAAGAAGAAGAAGAAGAAGUCAAAGAAGAAGAAGAUUUCGAACUUGCUCAAGAGUGAUGCGCAGAAGACUGCUGAGGCGUUUAUUGGGAAUAUGGAUGAUCCUAGUGUCACGAAGGAGAACAGUGCGCAGCUGUUGACCAAGAACAAUAUGAGCUUGGACCCGGCGCUUGGACAGCAGAGUCUCGAGCAACUCCUGAAGCAAGUAAAAUUGCAGGAGUUGCUGACUGGUAUGGCGCCUGGAGGAAAGAAUAAGAAGGAUAUGGCGGACUACAAGUUCUGGAAGACACAGCCGGUAGCACCACUGGGCGAGAACGUCGAGCAGGAUGGUGUCAUUCAGGAAGGCAACGUCUCCAAGAUUCCAAAGGAGCCUCUUCCUAUGCACAAGGAGUUCGAGUGGGUGACGAUGAACCUCGAGGACCCCGCAGAGCUCAAGGAACUGUACGAACUCCUUACUGCAAACUAUGUCGAGGAUGACGAUGCCAUGUUCCGCUUCGACUACUCCGCUUCCUUCCUGGACUGGGCCCUGAAGUCUCCGGGAUGGUUGAAGGAGUGGCAUGUCGGUGUGCGUGUCGCCAGCAGUAAAAAGUUGGUUGCGUUCAUCAGUGGUAUUCCGUUGGAUUUGAGAGUACGAGACCGCGUGUUGAAGGCGUCUGAGAUCAACUUCUUGUGCGUACACAAGAAGCUGAGAAGUAAGCGUCUGGCACCGAUCCUCAUCAAGGAGAUCACGAGAAGAUGUAAUUUGGAGGGUGUGUUCCAGGCUAUCUACACUGGUGGUGUUGUUCUGCCGACGCCCGUGUCUGUUUGCAGGUACUACCACCGCUCGUUGAACUGGCCUAAGUUGUGUGACGUUGGAUUUUCGGCGUUGCCCCGCGGCUCUACCGUGGCUCGCCAGGUAUUGAAGUACAAAUUGCCCGAAAAAACGAAGACCAAGGGCUUGAGACCAAUGACGUACGCAGAUGUUCCGCGGGUCGGAAACUUGCUCAGGAGGUUCUUGUCCAGAUUUGAGAUGAGUCAGGGAUUUGAUGAUGCGGAAGUUGCGCACUGGAUGUUGCAGAAUGAGAGCAUCGCGAAGAAGGAUCGUGUUAUUUGGGCAUAUGUUGUGGAGGAUGGGGCUGGGAACAUCACGGACUUCUUCUCGUUCUAUUCGCUUCCGUCGUCGAUUAUUGGACACCCGCAGCAUAAGGUGCUCAAUGCGGCUUACCUCUUCUACUACGCUACUGAGACCGCAUUCCUCGAGCUUCCUGAGCACGAUCUUCGUCCGAAGUUGUCGGCGCGUCUCAACGAGCUCGUCAACGACGCCCUUGUCCUCGCAAAGAAAUUGGAGUUCGACGUGUUCAACGCGCUUUCAUUGGCGGAUAACGCGAUGUUCUUAGAUGAGCAGAAGUUUGGAGCUGGUGAUGGGUAUUUGAACUUUUAUUUGUUCAACUACAAGGCGAGACCGAUGACUGGUGGAUUCUUGCCCAAUGGACAGUUGGAUCAGGCUGGGAGGAGUUCCGUUGGGUUUGUUCCUCUCUAA